AUCAAUCUCGACAUGGGUAAAUUCUGGGUGGGUUUUAAGAAUUGCAUCUGUUCAUGAAACGUGGUUUUGAAAAAAAAAUGCUCGUCUUUGCAGCUUAAAUGGAUCUGGAAACAGAGAACAGAAUAGCUGCAAUUCUUCUGAAAGAAGCUGCAGAAUUGAGACGAAGAGCAGAGAGGGAUGGCAUUCAUGUUUAUCUUCAGCAACCUAAAGUAAGGAGUCUCCCGAAUUCGCGGUUCCUCACAGCAACUGUGCUUGGCGUGCAGCAAGCAAAUCGAGCUGUUGAAGUGAAUGAGAUGUGGCGAGUUCGAAAAAAGGAGCUGGAACUAAAUGAUAGGCUAAAAGCAAGAUCAAAAGACAAUAGCGGGCAUAACAGUAAUCAUGUGGAUAGUAGCAUCUCCUAUAGAAGGACAAAUAGGAGGCAUGGGAGCAAUGUUGGUGUUUCAUGCUCAUCAAGCAUGAGAGUAGCAGCCGGUAGUUAUUCAAGGGAAGAUGAAGGUCUAAGAGACGAGGAGAUCGAUGAAUUUCUUAAGUCAAGGGUGAAGCGUGGUCGAUGUUCUAUAGGUUCAAGGAUGGAUGAAACUGGACCUUAUCUGCCUACAAGUUCUGAGUUCCCAGGGAAGCUCCUACUACAUCCCUCGGAAUGAAUCAUUGUGUCAAGUUGGGUCCUGAGAAGCCUUAUUCACUGGGGCAUGAUGAAUCAUUUUUCGAUUCAGAGCCCCAUGAACAUAGAAAGAAGAAAUAUAAGGACCACCUUGCGAGAUCGGAUAAAAAACACACUAGGAA